UACGAGGGGACMUGAACGCAUCAGAAGUCCGUUUCACGACCGAUCCUUGAAGACAAGAAACUCAAACAACGACGCCCUAAAGUUUAAAACAUGGUCCGGUGAGGAUGUCCCGUCAUGAGUCACAGUAACCCGUCUCUGUGGACCCAGCUCCCUCAGAGCCAGCAGUCUCCAUGUGACCGCUACAAACACGCCUGCUGCAGCUACAGCGGACACGUCUACGUCCUGGGGGGCAGAGACAGCAGCGGCGUGGGGGACUUCUGGAAGUACAGCGUGGUGUGUGACGAGUGGACAGAGUUAAACUGCACCAGUGAUGCUGCACCAGAACAGCUGGAGGAACACUCUAUGGUGGCCCACGAGGGCUUCCUGUACGUCUUUGGAGGCCGGCUGGAUUCUGCCUACAGCACCUGUGCAGGUGCGCUGUGGGUGUUUAAUGUGGCGAAGCAGAAGUGGGUCCACUGCCAGGAGAAGAGGAGCUCCCCUCAGAGGCCGAGCAACAGGAAGGGACACAGCGCUGUGGUCAUCGGAGAGACCAUGUUCAUUUAUGGAGGAUUUGUAGACGUUAAAGGACCCUCACAGGAGCUCUGGGGUCUGCACUUCGGUACCUCAGGCUGGUCCCUGCUGAGUCAUCCUGACUCGUCGAGUCCUGGACCCAGACACAGUCACUGUGCCGUGGCCUACCGGGGCUCCAUGUUCCUGUUCGGGGGUCUGAAAGGUCUGCGGGAGCAGAGAGACUUCUGGGAGUGGAACUCCAGCAGUCAGACGUGGACCUGCCUCAAAACCAAGUCCGGACCCCCCAGGCUGAUGGGACACUCAGCUGUGGUCUACAGGGACAGCAUGCUUCUGUUUGGAGGUGGGGAGACUCAGAACUUCCCACAGAACCGUCUGUGGAGGUACAGCUUCCCCACAAACACCUGGACCCAGGUGGCCUCCCUGACCUGCUCCAGCCCCCCAGAUAAGAUCCACCACUGUUGCACGGGCCUGGGUCCCAGCUUCACCCCCACCUGCUGCUGGUCCAGCUCUGAACCCACACAGCAGGACCAGAAACACAGACCCUUCAGAAAUAGGUGCUCCCCUGCAGCGCAGGUGUUCCUGGGGUCCCGCUGUGACAUCGAGCUGAAGACUUUCAGUCAGAACAUCAGACUCAGUUCUGCAGAACUGGACCAGACCAGUGGGACGGGGACAUGUCCACAGAACAGGGGAACACAUCUCACGUGUGAAAACCAAGCCUUGAAGAAGCAGUGGAGCUGCACUGCAGAGGAACUGCUGGACCAGGAGGAGGAGGAGGAUGAAGAUAUCUGCAAACAUCUGCCUGACCUGCUGCUGGUGCUGGGGGGCCGACCUUACAGCAGGAACAGUCCUAUCUCUGUGUGGCAGAUGACCCUGACAGACCCCUGAAAGACCCUUGAUAGACCCCUGACAUACCGCUGAUAGACCCCCUGAUAGACCCCUGAUAAACCCCUGACAGACCCCUGAUAGACCCCCUGAUAGACCCCUGAUAGACCCCUGAUAGACCCCAUGAUAGACCCCUGAUAGACCCCUGACAGACCUCUGAUAGACCCCUGACAGACCCCUGAUAGACCCCUGACAGACCUCUGACAGACCCCUGAUAAACCCCUGACAGUCCUCUGACAGACCCCUGACAGACCCCUGAUAAACCCCUGAUAGACCACUGAUAAACCCCUGACAGACCCCAGAUAGACCUCUGAUAGACCCCUGAUAAACCCUUGAUAGACCUCUGAUAGACCCCUGACAGACCUCUGACAGACCCCUCAUAGACCUCUGACAGACCCCUAAUAGACCCUAACAGACCUCUGAUAGACCCCUGAUAAACCCCUGACAGAAACCUGAUAGACCUCUUAUAGACCCCUGAUAAACCCCUGAUGGACCCCUGAUAGACCCCCUGAUAGACCCCUGACAGACCUCUGACAGACCUCUGAUAGACCCCUGAUAGACCCCUGACAGACCCCUGAUAGACCCCUGACAGACC